AUGGGUUUGCCCAUUCGAAUUAUUCCUAUCAGCCAUACAAAUCCAUUCUGGACAGUCGUCGAUAGACAUGUACUCGCCAUUAUCAAGCGGUUGCCAUUUGGUCUUGGAGACAACAACUUCACGAGAUACAACUUUCGAGGGUGGGAACUGGAUGAUGGAUGUCGUUCUCAUGAUGAGAUGGGAGAUGCGUUUGUCAUGGUCACGCCCGGAAGAAACUGGCUCUAUAUUGCCAAUCCAGAAGCCCUGACGGAGGUGUUUCGGAGGAGAGCCGACUUUCAUCGAUGCGUUGAGUUAACAGAAAUUCUUGACGUCUUUGGACCUAGCAUUGCCACGGCCAAAGGACAACGAUGGAGAAUGCAACGAAAAAUAACAGCAAGUUGCUUUAAUGAACCCACCAAUGAAAUCGUCUGGCGGGAGGCUCUUUGGCUGGCCAAGGAUAUGCUUCAUUAUUGGUCAACCAAAUCGUCACUCACCUCUGCUGCUGAUGAUUGCCGCACCCUUUCUCUCCACGUCUUGUCUCGCGCCAGUUUUGGUAAGUCGUUCAAGUUCGAAGGCCAUGAAGAAAGGGGCACCACUGGCAUUUCAGCAAGCUAUAAAAGCUCUCUGCAGACCAUCCUAGAGAACUGCGUGGUGAUCAUGGCACUGGGCACCAAAACCAUUGCCAAACCCUGGAUGCCCAAAAGAAUUCAGAAAAUCCACGAAGCCUGGAUUACUUUCCGGAAGUAUAUGACGGAUCUUUACGAAGAAGAGAAAAAGGCAUUCUCAGAGGGCCACACAGGAGGAGGUAAUCUUAUGAAAUCCCUUGUUCGUGCAAGCCAUGAGGAAACAAAGACCGGGUCAGGCCUGACUGAGGCCGAGAUCUACGGCAAUAUAUUUGCCUUCAAUUUCGCAGGACAUGAUACUACAGCCCAUUCAUUUACCUUCGCUAUCUACUUCCUUGCUGCCAAUCCAGAUGUGCAAGCCUGGAUUCGUGAGGAGAUUCAGCAAGUACUCGGCGAAAACGAUGAAGAGUGGAGCUAUACUCAGGAUUUUCCCAGAUUAAAACGAUGCCUCGCUGUCUUGAUGGAGACUAUCAGGCUGUAUACCCCAGUUCCGGUAGCGAAAUGGACCGAUCAGCACGCGCAAACCCUCGAAAUAGGAGGCAAAGUCGUGCACAUACCCGCAGAGACGAUGGUUAUCCCAGCCUACAGAGCUUUACACACACAGCCCGAGAACUGGGGAUCCGACGCAGUUGACUGGCGGCCAUCGCGAUGGGUCACGUCCUCUUCCAUCCCAUCUACACUGGAUAAAGAGGAGCUCAUCACACCGCGCCGAGGAAGUUUCCUCGGUUGGUCGGACGGCUCACGGGAUUGUGUCGGACGCAAGUUCUCACAGGUCGAAUUUGUGGCCACAUUGGCAAGGUUGUUUCGAGACUGGCGAGUGGAUCCUGUACCUCUGGGUGAGGAGAAUAUGGAAACUGCGCGAGAGAGAGUGAAAACCCUCAUUAGGACGGAUUCGGGGAUGGUACUGCUGUUGCAGAUGCUUCAUCCAGAGCGUGCCCCUCUUCGAUGGACUAAGGUUACAGACGGUGCUACUGAUGCAAGUUACUCAUCUUCAAACAUGAACCCAAAAAACGGCCUAUGA